UUGAGUCUUUGUGUGUGGCUGCGUGUACGGCAUUGUGUCUGGGGGUGGAAUCUUAGAGUAGCCUGGAACAGGGGAGGGAGCAAAAAGGAAAUCGAUAGCUGAUAACAUCAUAGACAGGAAGCUGUCUCCAAAGGGAGGAGCCCCUGUGAGAGAAGGCUCAGCCUCCUGCAUGCUGCUGUUCUCCCGGGGAUCAGAGGUCAUCUCUAUCAGACCUGGCUUCAGCCUGGGACACGGAGACAGCUGUAGGGAAAAGUUGGAACCGGGGAAGUGUUGAGCUGAUGAACGAGGAACAUGACAGCGCGGAGGAUGAAGGGGAAAGAGGAGCUGCGCAAACAGAGUGGUAUCCCAGACCCAAUGUGUGCGCUCUGCAGCAGGUCCUGGGGACCAAGAAGAAGUACUUCAGCACAUGUAGGAACUGGUACAAAGGCUCCAUCUGUGGCAAGAAGGCCAUGGUCGUAUAUGAGUGCUGUCCUGGGUACAUGAAGCUGGAGGGCAUGAGAGGAUGCCCUGCAGUGGCUCCCAUUGACAAUGUGUAUGGUACACUGGGGCUCGUAAAGGCUACAGCCACACAGCAAUACGCCGACAUUUCCAAGCUGAGAGAGGAAAUUGAAGGCAAAGGCUCCUUCACCAUGUUUGCACCUAGCAAUGACGCCUGGGAUCAGCUUGACCCUAAUGUACGGUCUGCACUGGUGAGCAACGUGAACAUCGAGCUGUACAAUGCUCUUCACUUCCACAUGGUGAACCGCCGUCUUUUGACCAAAGACAUGAAGAAUGGCAUGACUGAAACUUCCAUGUACAACGACCUGGGGCUCUACAUCAACCACUACCCAAAUGGGAUCGUGACGGUGAACUGUGCCAGGAUCAUCCACGGUAACCAGGUGGCCACAAACGGUGUGGUGCAUGUGAUCGAUCGGGUUAUCAGCGCUGUGGGCAACACCAUCAAGAAUAUCCUGGAUUUCAGCGACGAGCUCUCCUCCUUCAAUGCUGCAGCUUUGGCUUCUGGUAUGAUGGACAAGCUGGACCAGCCUGGCCACUAUACACUGUUUGCUCCCACUAAUGAAGCCUUUGACAAAUUGAGCCCAGGCUACCUGGAGCGUAUCAUGGGCAACAAGGCUAUUAUUGCAGGUCUGGUGAACUACCACCUGUUGAACAGUAUCCAAUGUUCAGAAGCAAUCAUGGCAGGAUCAGUGUAUGAGACCGCGGAAGGCAGCACCAUAGAGAUCGGCUGUGAUGGCGACAGUCUGACAGUCAAUGGCAUCAAGAUGGUGAUGAGUAAGGACAUCAUCACCACCAAUGGCGUCAUCCACUUCAUCGACCAGGUGCUCAUCCCUGACUCAGCCAAGGAAGUGAUGGAGCUGAUAGGAGACUCCCAGAGUACUUUCGCUGACAUAAUGUCCGAAUUGGGCUUAGCCGCUGCAAUGGCUCCGCAGACAGAGUACACACUUCUUGCUCCUCUCAACGCUGCCUUCACCAAUGAGGAGAUGUCAAAAGACAAGAGCCUGCUGAGAUUCAUUCUGGAAAACCACAUCUUGAAGCUGAAAGUUACACUGAGUGAGCUCUACAAUGGACAGCUGCUGGAAACACUGGCUGGCAAACUGCUCAGAGUCUUCAUUUACCGCACUGCUGUGUGCAUAGAAAAUGCAUGUAUGGUGCGCGGCAGUAAGGAGGGAAGCAAUGGGGCUGUCCAUCUUAUGAAGUCCCUCAUCAAACCAGCCGAGAAGACCAUCUACAAGCUCCUGAUUGCUGACGGACGGUUCAAGAUUUUCCUGUCACUGAUGGAGACCGCAGGCCUGACUGAGCUGCUGAGGCAGGAAGGCUCCUACACCAUCUUUGCGCCAACCGACGAUGCCUUUGAUGGCCUCAGUACAGAGGACUUUGCUCUGCUCAAAAGCGAUCUGAAUGCUUUGAGAACCAUUCUGCUGUACCACUUCAGCAAUGGCGUCUUCAUCAAUGGAGGACUAGAGGGAGGAGUGACCAAUCUGCUCAAAACCCUCCAGGGCAACAACUUGCAAGUUCUGUCUGUAAACAACUCUAUUCAUGUCAACUCUGUGGACGUCCCAGACAGUGACCUGAUGGCAACAAAUGGUGUGAUCCAUAUAGUGAAGAAUGUUCUCUAUCCCGGGGACCUCCCCGUGGGCCGCCAGGACCUCCUGGUUCUCCUGAAGAAGCUGAUUAAGUAUAUCCAGAUAAAGUUUAUCUCUGGAUUUUCUUAUGCUGAGAUCCCACUCACUUUCAUCAAGAGGACCGUCACAACCACUCAUUAUGUUGAAACAGUCCCUGAUGUAACAAAGGUGAUCAAAGUCAUUGACGGACAACCAUCCGUCACAAAGGUUACCAGGGUCUUCGAAGGGGAGCCAACCAUCACCAAGGUAACAAGAGUCAUCGAAACAGAACCAACAUUCACUAAGUUGGUUGUCGAGGGGGAGCCGGUGAUCACAAAAGUAACCAGGGUCAUUGAGGGGGAGCCUGAAAUUACCAGGGUUACAAGAGUUAUCGGGGGUGGGGAGCUUGAUGAAGAUGGAAAGAGAAUUACAGGCCCAGACUUCUCAAAAAUCACCACCAUCCAUGGCAACCCAAAUCUGAUCGAUAUGGAAUCAGAGAGAAUUACCAAAAUCAUUAAAGAGGGAGUUAGAAGCGGAGCUGCCAGGAGAGCUCCAGCUGGAAUGAGGAGAGCAAGACUGGUCAGGCGUCACCACAGGCCAAGGGAGUGAACCCAGCAGAGAUUAAAAAAAUAAUAGUAAACCACCUUCGGGCUCACCGCAGAGAGACUGAAUGCAUGACCGGCGCUCCUGGUUGAGUGCUGGAGGAUUGAAAAACUGUGGACCAACAGGGAGACAUCUAGCUUUGUCCAAACCACCAAUAACAAUGAUUGUUUACUAUUCCAUCUGGACCAUACUGUACCUGAUAGGCAUGAUGUGUAAUAGCAAUGCAAUGACAUUAGAAUACCCUUCAUGUAAGUAAUGUAAGUGUGCAUGGAAAAUAUGAAUUUUUUGCUGUGGGGUAGAUGGUGUGUAAGGUGAGAUAUAUUCUACCAGAUCCUACCUAGAGAUUUUUUUAAAAGUUUGCUUUUUUUUUUUUUAUCAUGUCACUUUGUAAACUUGGCUUGGGAAGACUUUUGUAUGCUUUUUAUGGUGCUUGCAUUCCAUACAAUGGAUGCAUUUCAAUGAAUACAACAAAUGAACCGGUGUCAAACAGUGUUUUGCAACUAUCAGAUACUGGACUGUACCUCUGUAAAUUAUCACAUGGUAAUUAAAAAGACACAAUGAAUUUUUA